UUAAAUAUUAUUUUUUUUUCUAGUCUUGUAGAUCGCAAAAUACUCAACACGUUGUUUUUUUAAAUAAUUUUUCAUUACACAUUUAUUUGGUUUCGUUUCCAAUUUUUAUUAAAAUUUUUACAUUUUUUAAUUAAUUAAAUCAAUUUUAAAAAAAUGGCACCUAAAUGUGUACAUGCUGCAGUUGGUGCAUCCAUAUUGAAUUGUAAUUUUAUACGAAUACGUGAAGAAUUGAAAAAAUUAGUCGAUGCCGGUAUCGAUUUUGUACAUCUAGAUGUAAUGGAUGGUAAUUUUGUUGAUGAUAUUACAUUUGGACCAUCGUUUGUUCGCAAUUUAAUUCUUGAUUUUCCUGAAAUUACAUUCGAAGUUCAUAUGAUGGUGGAACAUCCUAUGAAAUUUAUUGAACCAAUGGCAAUGGCUGGUGUUAGUCGCUAUAUAUUCCAUUAUGAAGUGACCAAAAAUAGUAGUCCAGAUUAUAAAUACAGUGUUGAAGAAAUAAUCGAUUCGAUACGAUCAUCAAAAAUGGAAGUUGCAUUGGCUAUUAAUCCGGAUACACCAGUACAAGUAGUCGAACCAUUUUUAUGUCUAGUUGAUUCCAUUUUGAUUAUGACUGUACGACCGGGUCUUGGUGGACAAAAAUUUAUGGCUAAUAUGAUGCCAAAAGUGCAACAUUUACGUUCAUUAAAACAAUCAUCAAUGGCCGAUAUUGAAUUAGAUGGCGGUGUAUCACCGGAUAAUACCGAUAUUUGUGGAAAAGCCGGUGCUAAUCGAAUUGUUUGUGGUUCAGCAUUGUUACGAUCAACAAAAAAAUCCGAAGAUAUACUUAAAAUGCGUCGUGAUCUAUACUCAACAAUUGAUUAAAUGAUUAUUUUAAUUACCAAAUUUUUCUAAAUUCCAUAGCUUUUUUUAAAUUAAUCAUUAAUCUUCCUUUCUUUGCAUAUCAAUUUAUUCAACAGCAAAAAAAAAUUUA